AUAGCUUCUUCCUUUCCCAACUCGAGACAGGCACUAGCAGCUCUCUCUACUCAACUCAAGCACUGCCUGCAGUGUCUUCUGGCUCUUCUAGUAUAGUAUAGAGAAGAAAAUCAGCAGCAGCCAGCAGCAGGUCGACCUCACGUAGUUCGCCGGCCGGCCGCCUCCUUUCUUUGCUUCUUCUUCUCCAUCCAGACUCUGAUCAGAGCAAACCAACCACACACUCCUAGUCUUCUUGUCGUCCCUGCGAAAAUCAACUUCACACCAGCACCCACACCAGCUUAGGCUGCUUCGGCAUCACCACUGCAAACACACACUCCUGUAGCCUUUGCUGCUUGCACAAAGAGGAUCCAUGGAGGUCGUGCUGGGGGCACUUCCUAGCCUCAUCCCCAAGCUUGGCGAGCUGCUUGCUGACGAGUACAACCUGCAAAAGGAGGUGAAAGGAGGGAUUAGGUUCCUCCAUGAUGAGCUCGAGAGCAUGAUGGGUGCUCUUGAGCAUAUCUCCAAGGUUCCAGCUGACCAGCUUCCAAGUGGAGAUAAGAUUUGGGCCAGGAAUGUAAGAGAGUUGUCCUAUGACAUAGAGGACAACAUCGACACAUUCAUGGUGCAAGUCAAAGGCCAUCAGCUAGCCAAAAAGCAUGGCAAGUUCAUUGACAAGAUGCUUGGUUUCUUGAUGCUGCCCAAGAUUCGCCGCAAGAUUGCUAUUGAUAUCAGAGACAUCAAGAGUCGUGUUGUAGAGGUGCAUGACCGGCGCUGCAGGUACGAGGUUAACUACAGUGUUGAUAAACCUGUCAAAGUUGAUCCCCUUGCAUUGGUUGCAAUGGUUCGUUAUAAGAAUCCAACAGAGCUAGUUGGCAUUGAGGAGUCAAGGGAUAAGGUAAUCAAGAUUAUGAUAGAAGACAAUGAAGCGACCAAGGAGCAAAAGAAGAUAGUUUCAAUUGUGGGAUUUGGAGGUUUAGGAAAGACAACUCUUGCUAAUGCUGUGUAUGAAAAGCUUAAAGCACAGUUCGAUUGCUCAGCUUUUGUAUCGGUGUCUCAAACUCCUGAUAUAUAUCGAUUAUUCAGGGGCAUGUUUAGUCAACUAUCCAACAAGGAUAGUACUGCAAGUAUUGAUGUUAUUAUUGAUGAGCUUAGAGGAUUCCUUCAGGAGAAGAGGUACUUAGUUAUUAUUGAUGACAUAUGGGAAAUCUCAAACUGGGACAUGAUAAGAUGUGCUCUGCCCGACAACAGUGUUGAAUAUAGGAUCAUCACAACUACUCGUAUUUUUAAGGUUGCUGAAGAAAUUGGCGGUCCUUACAAGUUGAAGCCCCUUUCUCUGGAGAACUCUAGGAUAUUAAUGUAUGCUAGAAUAUUUGGCAAAGAAGACAAAGACAAAUGCCCUGAUGAACAGCUAGAAGAAGUAUCAAAUAGAAUACUAAAGAAAUGUGAUGGUGUUCCGUUAGCUAUUAUCACAAUCGCUAGUUUGUUGGUUAGCAAAGGAAGAAACAAAUUGGAUUGGUAUGAUGUGUGCAACUCUAUUGGCACUGGACUACAGAAGGACAAUACCAUAGAGAACAUGAGAAAGGUUUUGUCACUCAGCUAUUAUGAUAUGCCAGCACAUCUAAGGAGUUGCUUGUUAUAUUUAAGUAUGUUUCCAGAAGAUUAUAAUAUUAGAAAAGAUCGUUUGAUAUGGUUGUGGAUAGCUGAAGGUUUUAUCCAACCUAAAAACGAAGAGAAGGGCUUAUUUGGACAAGGGGAGAAUUACUUCAAUGAGCUCAUAAAUAGAAGCAUGAUCCAACCUAUGUAUGACACAUGUAGAAGCAAGGUAGUAGCUUGCCGUGUGCAUGAUAUGGUGCUUGAUCUGAUCUAUUCUAUAUCAAGUGAAGAGAACUUUGUUACUAUACAGAACAACAUGGAUGAGUCAUCAUUUGCGUCAAAAAAGGUUCGAAGGAUAUCCCUUCAAAACUACAAGGCUAUUCAUGGUAAACCUAAGGCUACAUCGAGCAAAGAGCAUCAUGUGAGGUCAAUUUUUGUCUUUCGAUCUGCUAGUGACUACAUACCAACAGCACUUCAGAACUUCAGCAUUCUGCGUGUACUGCUUUUAGAAGGAUGUCAUCUUUCACAAGGCUAUAGCCUCAAGUCUCUUGGUAAUUUAAUUCAUUUGAGGUACCUAGGUCUAAGAGAUACAAACAUUGAUCAGCUCCCCGAAGAAAUAGGAAACCUACAGUUUCUACAAAUGUUAGAUGUACACGCCAGUAGGAGAAUUCCAAGUUUACCGUCAAGUAUUGUUUGGCUAACACAAUUGAUGUGCCUACACAUCAACAAAUCGACAAGAGUGCCAGAAGGGAUACGGAGCUUGAUAGCCCUUGAAGAGCUUUCAGGUCUGUGCAUCAGCAUUAAAGGGAAGAUGCUAGAAGAGCUGGCCCAUCUAACAGAGCUGAAGGUGUUGGAUCUUGAGAUCAUGACUGAAGAUUUCAGCGACCUCCUCUUGCUGCUUGAAUCCGACUCGGAGAGUGACGACGGCAUAGAAAAAUCCGUGGUGGAGUGCCUAAACAAGUUCCAGAAAAUCCAAAAUCUAAAAAUCAGCAUCAAAAAUAGGGAAAGCAACUUGGAUGGCUGGGUCAUCAACGCCCCUGAAAAUCUCAGUACAUUGAAACUAAAGGACUAUUGCUGGUUUGCUAUGCUGCCAGCUUGGUUGAAGGUGAAUCCCUCCCUCCUUGUGAGCCUCUCUGUCCUCGAGAUCCGAGUCAGGGGGUUGCAGCAAGAGGAUCUCGAAAUCCUAGGGAGGUUGCCUGCUCUCCACUAUCUAAAGCUGUGUGUGGACCACAAGCAUCAAGGGAUCAUCCAUGGGAGAUUCGUCGUAGGUGCUUGCUCGUUCCCAUGCCUCGUACGCUGCAGGUUGUGGGGAUUCGGAGGUCCUGUGGUGUUUGAGCAAGGAGCCAUGCCAAGGCUCGUGAAUCUUCGGUUUGAAUUCCCAGUGAAGUGGACGAGAGAAAUCAUCGGCAGUUUUGACUUGGGCUUGGGGAACCUGCCGUCGCUGCAGGAACUCAGCAUUAUCUUCCCAUCUGGAGGCGCCCGCGAGCAGGAUCUGGAGGAAGCGAAGGCUGCGAUGAGGCACGCGAUUAAAAUUCAUCCCAAUCAUCCCACCAUUUGGUUUUGGUGAUGAACCAUAUACCAAGGCUCGCAGAUCUUUGCUAUGCUCAAGAUGAGAGUAAUCAUCGGUGGUUUCGACAUGGGCUUGAGGAACAGACAGGUACCUGCUGUCACUGUUCGGUUCUGAUCAGGAGGUGCCCAGCACCGAGGAGAGGUGGAGGAAGCAAAGCCUGUGAUCAGGAAAAGUGAUGAAUCAUGGACUGAUGAAGAUGAAGGAAUUGGAAGUCUGAUGGACUAGAUCAGACACAGUAUUUCAAGCCACUGUCGUGUUGAUUGCCAAAUCACAGGAAUUAAAAUGCUCACCCGUGGACUAGCUCAAUCUUGCAUUGCACAGGAAGCAGCCAAGCAAUUCAGCCAAGGGACAUAGUGCUAGGAUGGCUAACCUCUCUCCGUCAGAGCAUCUAGAGGUGGCAGGCAGAGAGGGACGUCGAGCAGCUAACUGGUAACGGCGUUGCGUUGCAAGUUCAAAUGUUGAGAACUCAAAGAGAGCAAAUUUGGCAACUCAAUAACCUGGAAGACACAGUACUUCGGAAAAAUGCUGGAACAUAAAUUACUUCCAAAACAUGUCAUUUUCAGUUGUCAAGACACUGUAAUCUUUAGAUUUCAGUUUGUGUACACUAGUGUAUCCAGUUGUGUUUGCAGGCUUUCUUGAGCUAGCACUUAUACUAUCAUUAGUACAUAUCUGCUGAUACGAUUGGAGAGCUAGCAUGUAUGAUGUAUCAUGUACACAUGAAAAGAGCUCUACUAGCUGUGUGGAUGAAA